UUUUAUUGUUUAUCAUUGGUGGGAUUCUUUUUGUUUGCCAAAAAAGAGUGAGGAAUAUGGAUUAACCAAGAGAAACCAAAACUGAAGCUUUCUUUGCAGCAUGGAAUCACGAUGGGAAAAAAGUUCAUGAAGAAAUAGUAGAAGCAACAGAGAAUUUUGAUUCCAAAUAUUGCAUUGGAGUUGGAGGGAAUGGAAGUGUAUAUAAAACCCUACUAUCAACUGGUCAAAUUGUUGCUGUGAAAAAGUUCCAUGAGAAUGAUGGAAUAGACCAUCAACAAGCUUUCAAAAAUGAGACAAGUAUUUUGCCAAAAGUGCGCCAUCGAAACAUCAUCAAGCUUUUUGGAUUUUGUGUGCAUACAAGAUACUCAUUUUUGGUGUAUGAGUUCAUGAAACUGGGAAGUUUGGUAAAGAUAUUGAGUGACAAUGAAAAGGCAAUGGAGUUGGAAUGGUUCAAGAGAGUGAAUAUUGUCAAAGGUUUGGCAAACGCGAUAUCCUAUCUGCACCAUGAAUGUUUUCCAGCUAUAGUCCACAGAGACAUAUCUAGUAAGAAUGUUCUGUUGGACGAUGAAUGUGAAGCUCACAUUUCUGACUUUGGUUCUGCUACAACUUUAGAUCCAGACUCAUCAAAUUGGACUCCAUUUGUAGGAACCUUAGGUUACUCAGCCCCAGAGCUUGCUUAUACAAUGGAAGUAAAUGAGAAGAUUGAUGUCUACAGCUUCGGAGUUGUUGCAUUAGAAUCUAUCAUGGGAGAGCAUCCCGGAGACCUCAUAUCAUCUCUGUUAUCAUCACCAUUACAUGCUGUUGAUGUUCUGCUUAAGGAUGUACUUGACCAACGUCUCUCACCUCCAAAGCGGCAAAUAGCAGACCAAGUGGUCUCCAUUGCAGAAAUAGCAUUUGCAUGCGUGCGACAAAGUCCACAGUCACGACCAACUAUGAAGCAAGUAUCUCAGAAGCUGUCGACUCCAUUACAAUCUUUAUCAGUGCCUUUUCAUAUGGUUACAAUAAAGCGGCUGUUUGAUUCCCCAACAUGGACAACCUAAAUUGCAGCAGUUUCUCCUUGUUUUUGAUUGUCUACAUGUCUGUGUGCAUUUUCUUUCACUCUGUCUUUCUUCAUUUCGUCACUGAGUUGUUUUCCUUUUCUUGAUAUUUAAGUUAGCCUAAGCUUGGAUAUUCCAAGACUUGGCAGUGUAACGUCUUAAUGAGUAAAGAGACUUUAUUUAUCUGGCUUCUUGUA